AUGAGCUCGUUCGGGUCUGCCUCUGCUACGGCUAUUGCUUUAGCAGUUCUCUCUGGUUGUUGUGUUUUGGUUCGAUUUUGGGUUCGAAUUGCCUUUGUCAAACAUGUUGGUCCAGAUGACUAUCUCAUCGCUCUUGCCUGGGCCGCCUCAGUGGCCAUGGCAAUAGUAACUCGUCGCGUAUUACACAAUUCGACGCUUAGUGGCUCCACAGAAGAUGAUCCUAGCAUCACGACGUUAUUGAGACAACGAUGGUCAUCCAGCAUCACCUAUAAUUUGGCUGUCUUACUGCUGAAAGAUUCUCUGCUCUUACAAUACCUUCGGUUUUCAGUCGACAUAGGCUAUCGACGUGCAUGCUGGGCAUUAGGCACAGUCAUCACCUCUUACGGUAUCUCGGCCUUAUUGGUGGGCUUCUUCUCCUGUCGACCUAUCGCCUAUAGCUGGAAGAAUAACGUUCAAGGCGGCAAAUGCAUCGACCUGAUGGCAUUUUGGCUGUUCAACGCUUCGUUUAAUUCGACGGCCGACAUCAUCGUCUGUGUUCUCCCGAUCCCAAUUCUGAAAGCUUUGCAAUUACCCGGGAAGCAAAUGGCCAUUCUAAUUAGCAUUUUCCUGCUUGGAGCUUUUGUUUGCAUAUCAUCCAUCGUCCGUCUUGUCUCGGUGUACACAGCAACCGCCAAUGACGAAAACAACCCAUCGACAGCUCUAUGGUCCGCCAUCGAGGUCAACAUUGGAAUCUUUUGCGCCUGUCUCCCGUCCCUCCGCCAUCCCAUUACACAAUUGACCCCCCGAAUUCUCGCCGUUCGCCGGAAGUUCAAUACGUACUCUCAACCCCCAUCGAACACUUUGAUCAACGUCGAUCCCAAGUAUCCGGAAUUGAGUGUAAGAUCCCUGGGCGCCCGAUGCAGCAGUCCCACCACCGAAAUCUCAAACGGCAAUCUAGUGGACCUGUCCAACUUGAGCACUCAGACCAGCGUUGACAAUGAGAUCAGCACUUCUGACAUUUCUUAUCCUCACUCCCGCGACAUGGACAGUAGUAAUCCUGUUUACUUUCCUCCUACAACAGCAACAACAACGCCCACAGCCACAACCACGAUGGUUACAACAUCCGAAUCCAAAAAGGGUCCGUCAACAACCGACAAACCUCUCCCACUCCCUGCAGCCCGUCCCUCGGGGCCUCGUCCACAUCUACAGAUCAGACCACAUAUCCACACCAGCACCAGCACCAUCCCCCUUCCUGUCGAACCACUCACACCGCUGGCCUCGCCCAGGACGACCUCGACCUCCGUCUUGACAACCAGGAGCACCAGAGUCCGAAGCGAUAUCGUCCCCUGGGACGCCUGCCCCUUGGCCCAGGGCUCGACGUACAGCUAUUCAAUCCAUGGCGGACCGCUGGCCCUCGAGGGCACAAGCCUCGAACACUUGAUGUCACGGUCUGCGCGGGAAAAGGCGCGGCGCGAAAAGGAACGCACACGGCGGAAACGGCGCGAGAAAGAAAGGGAGGCCGAGAGACAACGUGAGCGCGAGCGGCAGAAGCAGAAUGGUCAGAGACCAAAGGGCCCACGCCAGAUGACGAGUAGUAAGCGGUGA